AGUGUCCAGCGUGGAGGGGGCUCCAGAUCCAGACGACAGUGGAAUCCAGCUUCCAGGUGUUGUUGAAGCAGGAUAUCAAUGAGUGCGGAACAGGAGAAGGGCUGCAGUCUGUGAUCACCCAGCCCCAGCUGCGGACGUACACACACAGGCAUCCGCAGCGUGGAGAGGAACAUACACUGACACACAAGAAGGCUGGCAUUUUGGAAGAAGAAAGUGAGAUAUACCUGAUAACAAACACCUGUCUGGCAGAAACCGGUUACAUCGAUCCGGUGCUUAUAGAAAAAUACAACACACCCGGGUUUGUGGGUUGCCUGUCCAGAGUGCAGUUCAACAGCAUUGCUCCUCUGAAAGCCGCUCUCAGGUCCCGUGGUUCUGCACCCGUCUCACACCAGGGUAAACUGGUGGAAUCCAACUGUGGAGCAUCACCCCUCACAAUCCCCCCCAUGUCUGCUGCAACCGACCCAUGGCACCUAGACGCAGGUGCUGAUUUCCCCUUCAAUGAGGAAAGAGUGAUACCGGAUGGAGUAAAUAGGAAUUCAGCUAUAAUAGGGGGUAUCAUAGCAGUGGUGAUCUUCACUAUUCUGUGCACGCUGGUGUUUCUGAUCCGGUACAUGUUCCGCCAUAAAGGCACCUACCACACCAACGAGGCCAAGGGGGGAGAGUCGUCAGAGUCAGCCGAUGCGGCCAUUAUCGGCACCGAGCCCAAUUUCACAGAGACCAUCGACGAAAGCAAGAAAGAAUGGUUCAUAUAAUGGGCGUGUACAGACUCUUUCCGAAUCUUUUUUUGAGUAUCAGAACUAAUGUUUUGGGAUCAAGCUCAUCACCAGUUUGAGAAACUGUCCUGUACAUAGUGACUGGCUUGUCUCUUUCUAUUGUGUUUUGGCAGAAGUCUUUUAAGUGUGUAAUCUCUGUAUCACAUGUUAAUAAAUAAUUUCACUAUGUGUUUUUUUUUUUACAGAAACAUAAUUAUUUGCCAAAAUCCUCUUUUAUGGAAAAUUGUAGUGUAAGUUUAAUAAUUUUCUUCACGUGUUCUUUUGCUUAAUCUUACAAAAAGUCCUCGUGUGGAAAAUUUUUAGACAGACUGUAAUUGUUAAAUGCUCUAUAUGAAUAUUUUUAUUUAAUUUAUUGCACCAAUGACAGAGAUAUAAU